AUGGCUGACUGCAUCAAGGGUUUGUAUGAGUAUCUGAAGUAAGAGAAGAAUGAAGAUCAAUUCGUCAUCAACAAUGGAGGAUUAAAACUCAUUAAUCAUUCUUAAUGGCAUUUUGAAAAGUAAUAUUCAAUAUGCUUAACAUUCAAUCCUUAAGGAGAUGGAACACUCUUCUAAUUUUCAUCUUCUCAUGUUGAUGGUAAAAGAAUAAUAGCUAAUGGAAUUCAUUGUUACAUAAUGGCUGGUGUAGUCUUCUAUAAGAAUGUUUACCAAAGAUUCACUUUAGAAAAAGUUAUUGUGGAAGAUUACUCUUCAAAUAAUAAGUUGGGGGAUAUUAUUAUGAAUGGAUGGAACGAACUAAUUAUUUCACAUGAAUGUGGAAAACUAUAUUCCAGACCAAAGUUUAUAUAUUCAAUUAAUCAGAAAAAAAAUACACUUCAAAUUGAGUAUCCUAAAAUUAGGAAUCAAAAUCUUGAGAUUCUUUACUUUUAGAAUAUUAAAUGUAAAGUAAAAGAGAUUUCUAUUUAUAAUGAAGUUGUGGAUCUACAUCUAAAAUCUCCUUUUUAUUAAAUCUAUCCAUUAUAUGAUCCUCAUUAAACAAAACGAGUUAAAGAUAGAAUCUAAAAUGUUAUAUAUGAAUUAUAAGGAGAUACUAAAAUGACAUCUUCAUUAUAAAAAUAUGAUUUUGUAGAAUAUGGUGGUAUUAAAAUAUUAAUUCCACUUUUCAAUUUAAUUUAAUAUUAUAAUCAUUCUUAAAUAGAUGAUUUAUUUGAAAUCCUUCUUUAUACUUUAUUACAAGAUAGUCAAAUCAAUAAAAAUCAAAUUUCUGAAAUGAAACUAUUUUAAUAAAUAGCCUAAAUUAUCAAAGUAGACAUUCCUAAUUUAUCUUAUAUAUUAUAAAUUAAAUAAUAAGUAGAAGAUUAAGAUAUUUUAAAUCAAUUGUUACUUUUAAUUAUUGAUGUGAAUUUCAUAAAGAGAGUCACUGAUUAAUAGUAAUAUUGCAUUUUAUUACAAUAAUUCUAUAUUAAUGAUCAUUAAUAAUACUUAAAAGUUACUUCAAUCUAAUAUCUGGCUUAAUUAUUAGUGAGUGUCAAUUAGAAAAGCUAAAUCUAAGAUUAAAUACUAUAAAUUAUGAUUUAUUCCUGUUAAUAUAACUUUAAUACAUUAAAAGAAUAAUUCAAACUCUUUCUAAAAGUAGCUGAAGCUUCAACUAUUGAACUCAAAAUUAAAGCUAUUUAAAGUGCAACCAGAUUAGUAUCUGAUUUAUUUAGAGAUGAUUAAGACAAUUUUAUUAUUUUUAGAGAUCAUAAUAUUAAAAAUAAGAUCCUAAAUGACAUCCUUCUUCUCUUGCAAACUGAUAGUAUGGAUUGCUUAAUAGCUACUAUAACAUUAUUAGGAUAAAUACUUUAUGGAACUAAUGAUCUAUUAAGUUAAGGAAUGAUAUCAUAUAUCUCAAAAGCAAUUUGUGUAACCAAUAACUUUGAUAAUCUAUUAAAUACAUUGACUUAAUUACUUAAGAUUAAUUGUUUAUGUGUUGAAAUACUUUAACAUUUAUACUCUUAAACCAAAUAAUAGAAUAUCCUAGAAUAUUAUCUUAAUUAUGUCAAGAAAAUUAGUAUUGAAUAAUAACAACUCAUACUUUAAUAAUAUUCAAUAUGGUUUUUAGAUUAAUUGAAGUUUGAAAUAAAUUAGAAGAUCUUAGAGAUUUUUAUUUAUCUUCUUAAAUAGAAUCCUCAAUUUAUAUUGCAAAUUUUAAUUCAUUUUCAAAUAAGAAAGGAUGUUUCAGCUCUCAUUACAGUUGUGACUGAAGUAAUAGAAUAAUUUAAUGAAGAAUAAAUAUAUUAAGUCUAAUAGAUAUUGCUAUAAAUUUAUUUUUCAGUUCAAUAAUUUAAAAACUUUGAAGUGUUUUUAACUAAAUUAAUUAAGUAAAUUAUAUAUUUAGAAAAUGAGCAAGAAUUAUUUAAAUUAGUUGGGCAAAAAGAAUUACCAUUUGCUAUAUAAAAGAUUAUUAAUUUAAGUUGUCCUAUUGAUAAAUUGAAAUAAUGGUUAUUCUAUUUUACUAAACUUUUUGAAUAAAUUUAAUAUCUAAAUACAGAAGAAAGUGAAAGUUUUAUGAAUUAAAUUAUUGAUUUACUUAAAGCUAUUCAAUUAUAAACUGAAGAUAUAUAAAUAAAAGAUAAUAUUGAAUAUUUUUUAACUCAAAAUGUGUUAAUUCUUUAAUCACUAAAAGAACAAUAAGUAUAAAUAUUUGAUUCUAUUAAAUUUUAAGAAGAUUUUUAAGCUUUUUAAGAAUCCUUAUUACUUAAAUGGACUCUAGAAUAAUAAUAGACUAAAAUGACAUAAUCAGAAUAAUUAUCUAAAUUAACAGAUGAAAUUAAUUAAGCUGCAGCAUAAAUGUAAGUAUCUGUUUAUAAAUUAAUGAAUAAGACUAGAAAGAUUAGAUAAAGAUGGUGUAAGUUAUGGCAUAAUUUACGUAUAACUAUAUAUAGACCAAAAGAUUGCAAAUUUCAAAUAGAUGAAUAUAUUGAUCAUGAUUACAAAUUUAAUGAGAAUCCCUAUUACAUCAAUAAAAUUGAGAAAUAUAUUAAUAAAUAUUAUUCUCGUCCAAUUUUAAAAAUAAAGUUUAAAAAGAAUACUGAAUUUGAGAAUGAUGCAUAAGUGCCUUUGGAAAACAAAUAAUAAUACAAAUGUUUUUGGUUAAAGAGUUUAUACUUAAAACAAGGAGGAGUAACAAUAGGAGAUGAGAAGAUAAUAUUCUCCUAUUACUCCUAUACUUAAUAAGCAAAUCAUAUAACUUUGCUACCUCACACAAUACCAAAUCAUAAGCCAUUUAAGAAAUCAUGGAAAAGAAAUUAAAUUAGGUGGCUUCAUGAAAGAAUAUAUAUCAGAAAUAGAAAUGCUAUUGAAAUUAUAUUUAAAGAUGGUGAAUCAUUGUACUUGAUAUUUUAGGAUUAAGGUUUGAAAGAAGAGAUAAUUGAUAAAUUGAAAAUAUAACCAAAAUAAUGUGAUUUUAAUAAAGUUAGUAAUUUCAAGUAUUUAAUGUAUUUGAAUUUUUUAUCUUGUCGAUCAUAUAUAGAUUUAACAAGAUAUCCAGUGUUUCCAUGGGUUUUGAAAGGAAAUGCUUCAGAUUUUGAUGAUAAUGAUAUUGAAUCAAUAAAAAAUGAAAUUAAUUAUAGAGAUCUAUCUUUACCAAUAGGAGCAUGUGGAAGUGAAAUAAGAUUAGAUUAAUUUAUUAAAAGAUAUGAAAAUGAAUAAUUUUAUUAUGGAACACAUUAUUCAAGUUAAGCAUUAGUAUCUUAAUAUUUGAUUAGAUUGAGUCCAUUUACAGAAGCAGCUAUAUCAAUAUAAGAUGGUAAAUUUGACAUACCAGAUCGACUUUUUAGAUCUAUUAUGAAAUCAUGGAUAGAUUGUAAUAAUGAGAUGGCUGAUGUGAGAGAAUUAACACCUGAAUUUUUUUAUUUACCUGAAUCAUUUUUAAAUAUAAAUGGAUAUAAUUUAGGUAAGUUGUAAAGUAAUUAAAUUGUAAACAAUGUACAAUUACCAUUCUAUUCUAAUAAGAAUCCUUUUUAUUAUGUAACUUAAAAUAUGAUAGCAUUAGAGAGUGAUUAUGCAAUUAAAUUAAAUGAAUGGAUAGAUUUGAUUUGGGGAUAUAAAUAAUAAGGUAAUGCUGCAAUAGAAUCAUUUAAUGUAUUUUAUCCAUUAACUUACUCAAAUUUUGAUGAAAACAGUAUAGAAAUUAAUGAAUUAGCAAUGGAAACUUAAAUUGCUCAUUUUGGAUAAACACCAGAAUAGUUAUUUUAUAAACCUCAUGCUCAAAAGAACUAUACAAUUGAUAAAACUUAAUGGUAGACAAUAAAGAAUAAAAAAUCCUAAGUUAAAUUGAUCUAUUUAAUUUGUAAUAAAAAUAAAGUAGUAAGUAUUUAAGAAGAUUUUACAUUAUUAUAAUGGUAGAUAGUUAAAAAUUAAUAUUAAUUUUAAUUAGAAAAAUAAGUUUAAUUACCUAGAAUAAAUUUUGAUGCUAUGAUCAAAUAUGUAUUACCACCCAUAUUAGUAUUGAUUGAAUAAUCAAUUAUAUUAUUUGGUGGAAAUAAUAAUGGAACUAUUAUUUAUUAUUGUUUAGAUAAUUUGAAAUUGUAGGGAGUGAUAGAAUUGGAAAGUGAAAUAAUAAAUAAUCAUUGUACAGUAACUGUAUUUGAAUCAAAUAAAUAAUAGAAUAUUGUAAUAGUAGGAACUAAUAAGGGUUUUGUAUAUUAUUAUAAUAAAGUUCUUUAAAAUAAAUAGGAUAUUAAAUAAGAAGAAGUGCUUUAAAGUAAAAAUAUUAUUUAUGAUACAACUUAAUAAAUAAAUUCAAUAAGUAUUUCAGAAUAGCUAACUAUCUUUUGUGUUGGAACAUAAGAUGGUACAAUAUUCUUAUAUAAUUUGUAUAAUCGCACUCUUUAUAGAUUUAUUAAUCAUCCAAAAAGAUUGCCUAUUUUUUAUUUAAAAUUAAGUUAUUCUCCAUUACCUUGUAUUUUAUUUAGUUCCCAUGAUGAAAGGAUUGUAGCUUAUUCAAUAAAUGGAUUCUUGUUACAAUCCUUAUAAGUUAAAGGAAAUAUUGAAUACAUUGAAAUCAAGAAAUCUACUAUAAAUACUUUAGUAAUGAAAUUUAUUAUAAAUUUAUAGAUUGUAAUUACAGACAUUAAUGUUUUUGAAUAUAGAUUACCAUUUUUAGAUAGACUAUCAAUAAUAUCAGCCCAAAUCUGUACAAGAUUCGUUUAAGCAACAAAACAAAUUUCAAUAUUUGGUUGUAAAUCUGGUGAUCUGCGUAUAAUUUGA